AUGGAGAACAUUUCAGAGGUGACUGAGUUCAUUCUUGUGGGGUUAACAGAUGCCCUGGAGAUGCAGAUCCCCCUCUUCAUAAUCUUCUCCCUCAUCUAUCUCAUCACACUAAUUGGAAACCUGGGGAUGAUCAUGUUGAUUCUGUUGGACUCUCGACUCCACACUCCCAUGUACUUUUUUCUCAGUAACCUCUCCCUGGUUGACUGUGUUUAUGCCUCAGCUGUCACUCCCAAGGUAAUAGUGGGGUUUCUCACAGGAGAUAAGAUGAUAUCAUACAAUGCAUGUGCUACUCAGAUGUUUUUCUUUGCAGCUUUUGCCACUAUUGAAAGUUUCCUCUUGGCCUCAAUGGCCUUUGACCGCCACGUGGCGAUAUGUAAUUCCCUGUAUUAUGCCACCACCAUGACAAGCACUGUGUGUGCCUUACUGGUCACUGGACCCUACAUCUGUGGACUCUUUGAGUCUUCCAUCCAUGUUGCCCUCACUUUCCACCUCUCCUUUUGUCAUUCCAAUGUUGUUAAUCACUUUUUCUGUGACAUUCCCCCACUGCUGGCUCUCUCUUGCUCUGACAUCAACACAAAUGAGAUUGUGCUCUUCACGUUGGCAGCAUUCAAUGUCUUUUUCACUCUCUUGGUUAUCUUGAGCUCUUACCUAUUCAUUUUCAUUGCAAUUCUGAGGAUGCACUCAACUGAUGGACAGAAGAAAGCCUUCUCCACCUGUGCAUCCCACUUGCCAGUUUCCAUUUUCUAUGGGACAAUCAUCUUCAUGUACUUACAGCCAAGUUCUAGUCAUUCCAUGGACACAGACAAAAUGGCAUCUGUGUUUUACACCAUGAUCAUCCCCAUGCUGAACCCACUGGUCUACAGCCUAAGAAACAAAGAGGUCAAGAGUGCAUUCAAAAAGGUGGUUGGAAAAGCAAAGUCUUCAUUGGGUUCAGCCUACUAA